UUAUCGAGUAUUGUCUCGUUUGUGGGCUGUGCGGGCCGACCUGGAUCACGAAUGGGCUUUUUUUGGGGCCCAGUCGCCUGUGAACAGAACAACACCGUUUCUUCUUCUACUUGCUCCUGCAAUUUCAAUUGUAUUUUACAAUCAUUUCAAAAAGGAUGGGCGUGCCCAGAUUUAGGCCAGCCAAGGCGGGGGACGGCGAAUCAAGUCCGAAUCUUUUCGUGGCUAACUGUGGGCCGGCGGUCGGACUUUCUUAUGAAGCCAUUGAGUCUGUGUUUAGCAGCUUCGGGACGGUGAAAGGAGUUUAUGCAGCGGAUGAGAGCGGCGCUCGUGUUAUUGUUUCGUAUUUUGAUGAGAGUUGUGCUCAGAGUGCAUUAAAGUCAUUGAACGGAUGCCCCUGUCCCGAUCUUGGAGGCCGCUCUUUGUACAUUCGUUAUUCUGUACUUCAACCACCAACUCCUCGGGGUCAAGUCAAUAACUCAGUUCCCGUUUCGUUGUCUACUUUAGAGUUAAAUAUUCCCGGCAUUUAUUUGUGGCAUGACUUUAUCAGUGGCAAAGAAGAAGAGGAGUUGCUUGCAGCAGUUGAUAGUAGGCCUUGGAAAAAUCUUGCUAAAAGAAGGGUUCAGCAUUAUGGAUAUGAAUUUUGUUAUGAUACAAGGAAUGUUAAUACUGAAAAGUGCUUGGGUGAACUUCCAUCUUUUGUUUCUUCUAUACUUGAAAGAAUUUCGUCAUUCCCAGACAUCGAGACUAGAAGUUUAGUUUUUGACCAGCUAACGGUUAAUGAGUAUCCACCUGGUGUGGGUCUAUCUCCACACAUAGAUACGCAUUCAGCAUUUGAAGGAUCAAUUUUCAGCCUUUCAUUAGCAGGUCCUUGCAUUAUGGAAUUUAGGAGGUAUUUAGAAGCUGCAUCGCUUCCUAAUGCUACCUCAAGUAUUGAUAUGAAAGUCGAAAACCUCGAUAAUUGCACAAGUAUCUUAAGAAGGGCUAUCUAUAUGCCUCCUCACUCCAUGCUCUUGUUAUCUGGGGAAGGACGCUAUGCUUGGCAUCAUUACAUUCCUCACCAUAAGAUUGACACGGUUAAUGAUAGUGUGAUCAGGAGGGCUUCAAGAAGAGUAUCUUUCACAUUUCGAAAGGUGAGAGUAGGUCCUUGCCAGUGUGAAUUUCCUGAAUACUGUGAUUCUAAGAGAUAACAGGGUGGACGACUGUCUGACUGAAGAUUAAAGACUGAUGUAACGAGGACCAAAAUACUAUAGGAAAUGGUUAGUAUCGCGCAACACAAUCACGAGUUAGAUCAAAGGUCAAGUUUUCAAACUGAUGCUGUGCGGGCUAGUUUGAGAAGGGAAUUUGUCUGGCUUUCUAAGGUGGUUAUAUUGGUAAAAAAGUUUUUAGCAUCGGAAUCUGAUAGAUUUGAGUCUUCGAAUGGUUGAUACCUUGCUAAAUUGAAGAGUGGUUGAGUGUACUUACAAGGGAAAAACACCAUGUAAGGCAAGGAGAAACAAAGACAGGGCAUGAGAAAUUUUGAAUUUUGUUAAAGACAAAUGUUGUGUCUAUGAUCUAACUCUAACUUGGGCUAAGUCAUGCAGUCCACUUUUUGUCAUUUAUUCACUCAUUGUUGAUUGUCCCUGCGUUUAUCAAGAACUCCCAAGUUUGUGUUGCAUCAACAUCCAAAGUGG